CUUUUGCUCAUGGUAAGGUUUUGAAAGUUUCAUGGGAACCUUCUCGGACUCGAUAACUGUUCCUGCUAAUGUAGGACGAAAUAAUUAAAAUUGGUCCCGGAAUAUUUAAUGCACCACUUUUACGUGCAUGAGUUCCGACUCGCAUCCACCCUACUGCGCCAAAACCCACCUUCUAAGAACCGCGGCAGAGCCCCGCACGGGGAGAGAGAGAGAGAGAGAGAGAGAGUGAGAGAGGGAGAGGAGCCGCCUUUGAGUGUAGGAGCGAAGCCCCCAAGAAAGGGGAGAAGAGGAACAAAAAAAGAGAGACACACCGAAGCCGGAACGAAGCGGAGGGGAUGCGAAGCACCGUACCGCCCCUCAUCGACGGCGGCGGAGGCGUCGACGACGACCACCACCGCAAGGAACUCUUCUGCUAUGUCUACUGGUGGCGGUCCCUCCCCGAGUUCGACGGCGGUGGGCGGGGGGAGGUCUUCUCCUCCAGGGCCUCCGGCGGCCUGACGCCAAGGCUCCGGGUGGUGAAGGAGCUGGAGAGGCUCGCGAUGCUGGCGCACGAGUCGCUCGACGAUUUGCGGCACAAGCUGCUUACCUAUAGAGCCGGGGAUCUCUGGUUCCCCGCCGGUGGGAUCCCGAAGCAGGAGACCGACAUCCCGCCGGUUAUCACGAUACUGCUACUUGGUUUUGCGGGGUCGGGGAAGAGCUCGCUGGUUAAUCUCAUGUACUCCGUCUUCGGCCGGUCCGGCUUCGUCCCCUUCGCCCAUUCCGCCUCCCCUGCCGGGAAGGACGGGCGGACGCAGUACUUGGAGGAGCACAACGUUCUGAGGUCGACGCGGAACGGCUUCUGCGUCUUCGACUCCCGGGGGCUCGACUACGACCGGGUGGCGGAGGGUCUCGUCGAGGUGGCGGAGUGGAUGGAGGAUGGCGUCCGCCACCGCCAGCCCUGCCGCGGCUCCGCCCUCCCGGAUCCCGCCUCCGCCGGACCCUCCUCCGCCGUCGCGGCCGCCAAGCGCUUCGUCCGGCGACGGGUCAACUGCGCCAUGGUCGUCGCCGACCUCUCCGAGCUCAACCAAUCCCUCGUCUCCGGUGACCUCCGGCCGCUUGAGGCCACGCGCGGGCUCUUCCACUCCCCUUCAAUCCAAACGUACUGCAAUGACAACCCCAUCUUGGUGCUGACCCAUGGGGAUGAGCUCACCGCGGAAGAGCGGAUCAACACAAGGGUUCAAGUCUGCGAGUAUUUGGGGGUGUCGGAGACGGUGGGGGUCUACGACGUGGCGUGUGCCAACGAGGACGGGUCCCUGGUGGACGAGACGGAUCCGGUCACCGCCUACGCCGUGGCCGAGGCCGUUUACCGGGCCCUCCUGGUGGCCGACCGGGGCCACCCCCCCAAGCCCAACGUCAAGGACUGGCUCAUCUUGGUCCUCUCUUGGGCCAUGUGCGCCCUCUCGGCCUUCUUCGCUUUCCUUUCCGCUUCUUGUUCCAAGGUGGCCAAGGCUAGUAGAGAGCAGAAAUUUAGGCCACAAUGAAGUGGAAGUAGUAGCUUGCGGAAGACUAGCUAGGGUUGCACUUGUGCUGAUUUUGGAUCCCAUGCCAUAGCUCAAUCAAAACCGAUAGUUUCCGUUGCAUCGUGCCGAUUGCAUAUGUGUCUCGGAUCUGGGUCCGACUCGAACAAUAUGCUACAUGAUUACGGACUUCCCGCCCAACCCAACCCUAAUUCCACUUGGAUUGAGAAUGUUGGGUUGACUUAGGAUUGGAAAUUUUCCUGGUUGGAUUAGGCUCGGGUUGGUCGUUAGACUGAUUUGCAUUGUUCAAGUUGUACCAUUAGUAUUAUUGUUGUAAUUGAUAGGUGUAGUGAUGGUUGGGUGUUCUGAGUUUUGAUGAGAUGAUUAGAAUGGAGAGGGCUUGUCAUCUGGUCAAAGCUUACGUUUUUAGAUGAUUUAAUGGGAUUAUUUGGCUGCUAA